AUGGGUUCGUCUCGUCAUGUCGUCUGGCGGUCAUUGAGAUGCAUUUUGCAUGUCCUUAGUGCGCCAGCUAUUUUGCACUCGUUUGCUUGUGAGUGCCAUUUAGUGUGGCGGCCGAUCACCAUGACAAGGCAAAGACGACCACACAUAAAUGGCGCACAGAGAUUGAUCACGAUCGUCCAGGCGCCGACUAUUUCCUUUCACAGCCCGAUCCAAUCAUAUUUGACCCACUUGCUUACUUACAAAGGAGAAAUAAAGACAGAUACGUCAAAAAAGACGAUUAAGGCAGAAUGGAUUCGAUGGAUCCUGUAUUUUCGCGAGUGCCCAGUGCAAAUAAUCCGAGAAAGAGCUGCGACGGCACCCCCAAUGGAUUCAUCAACAAUCACUACGUAUUUAGAACAGAAAUUAAAUAACGAGCGCGUUAUUGAUCUUUUGAAAAUCAAUAGUGAGCAGUUGUUACUUACCGGAAAUGCACAAACGCGCUCUCUGAGGUCACAAUGGGGCAACCAAGCCCAAACUGAUGGAAAGAGGAAGCUCUCAGCAUUUGGAGCGAAAGCAUCGACAACUAAUGAGGCGACACUUGGCACAUCUUCAGUAUGCGUCAAUACACCAUCGUCCAGAGAGACUCUCGAUCAGACUAUCACUAUCACAAAGGAAUCAUUUGACGAUGAAGACAAUGUCCAUGAAUUUUUUUUUCGUCACGCCCGUAUCAAGCUGGACCGAUAUUGGAGCUUUUACCAACUAUUUGUUGAGUCCCUCCGGUCAAUUAGCAAGAAUCCAAACAUUGAUCCUGCUGCAAGAGACGUUGCAAAAACUGCCAUUGUCAUUCGUGAAUCGCGCUUCCGUACAGAGUUCUUCAAAGCCGAGGAAAUCUUCGUCAAGGCAGCCGCUAACAUAAAUAAUUCAUCGGAAGUUACAGAAAGAAUCAGAAAGCGCCACUAUUUGGGCCUUCUGGAUGAUCUUCCUUCUUCUCAGGACUCUAGCGACAGUUUUUCUGGAAAGGAGAGUUUUUCGAGAAAGAAAAGCAACAUAGAACGUGAAGAAGACCAUACUGGCGAACUUCCCGAACCGAUGAAUGCUGAUCGACUGGUUGGACCUGGUACAAUUUCAAGCUCUUUGUCAAAUGGCCCAGAAAGCCAGUUAGUUUGUACUGAUGGAUAUAGUAUAUCUGAAGCACUAAUGAGAUACCGGAGAGUGAACGUGAUUCAGAAGGUUGCAGCAACCGUUGAGGAUAUUUUGCUAUCCAACUUUAUUGUAUCAAGGCCGCUCUUGUUGAAAGUGUUACCCAUCUCAGUUGUACAGGAAAUGUUCCCCAUUCGCAACCCAUUGAAUUUGGAUACUUCUGACAUGGAGCUUGUUGUUCGUCUGACUACUCGUGCCUCAGUUGAUUCGUUUGAUGAGCUGCAAGACUGGCUGGCAACGGAGCCAAGGAUGACUUCAUCUGUAAUAUAUCGUACGAUCUCUAUAUUCUUGGCAGAAGCAGAUCUCUGGGCCGGUAAUAAUUGGCACAUAAAAGGUAGUGGCGAUAAUGAGGAUACGUUUAUAGACAACCUCCUCAAGCCUAUUAGUGCCCUUCAAAUAUUAAAUUAA